AUGCCAGCCGCCUCAGUAGCCUCAGCGCCUGUCAAACGCACAGCCAACAAGACAUCCGCAUCGCGAACCAAGAGACCCGCCGCGAAUGCAGCAAAUAAGCCCCAAACGAAUGGCGCAGUGAAAGAAUCACAGCCGCAAAUGUCGCCAUACACUAUCAUGGCAUCGCGCAUUGCGAAUCGAGUUGCCGAGAUGGCGGAGAACAUGACGUUCGUCGAGCGACAACAACCCCAGCCCCAACCUCAACAACAAGAAUCCCAAACCGCCUCCCCAUCCGGCGCAAAGAAGGCCCCUCGCAAACUCGAAAUGCGCAUCCCCAACUCUGGCGCCUCACCCACAAACAUCACAUUCAGCGCGCCGUUUUUGGAUAACACGCUGUCGAAGCUGCUGACGCUGCAGAACCGCAUGCUCAAGGUCAGCAAUGACAUUGCUGCAUGCGAGGAUGUGGACGAGAAGACGAAACAGGAACAGUUUGCCCAGAGUGCAGAGUUAAGUCGCAUUAUUGCGUUGAUUUGUGCGGAGAAGGCUAGGCAGAGUUCAUAG